UUACAAUGGCGGAUCUGUUUGAUGUCCCCAAGGUCCGCAUCAACACGAGCAUGUUGGCUCAGAAUGUGGGGAGGCCCGUAUGCUUCGUUGGCAAGGUGGAAAAGGUUCACCCAACUGGGACAUCCAUUGUUGUAUCAGAUGGUGCAGGAAAAAAUGCUACAGUUGAGCUUAAUGAACCGCUGGAAGAGGAAAUUUCUGGAAUCAUAGAAGUGAUUGGAAAAGUUACACCAAAGGCAACAAUUAUGGGAGUAUCUUAUGUCCCAUUUCGGGAAGAUGUAAGCACUUUUGAUCUGGCCCUCUAUGAUGAAGCACUAAAAAUAAUCCAUGAAUUUCCUCAGUACUAUCCCUUUGGGCAAAGUGCAAGUGAAUGAAGUGGAAUUCGACAAACUCCGUAGUCAAAUACAUGACUGAUUAAAAAGACUUUUCUUUCACCAAAAGCUAAAGUGCAGGUUUCUGCAUGAACACUUCAUCUAUGAAGAAAAUGGAACUUUGAACUUUGUAAGCUUUAGUACAUUGAUAUCCCCUUAAGUGUAACAUUAUCGAGCAUACAUGCUGUUUUUGGUAAGGUCCAUAAAUGGUUAGUUCAUGAGGAGACUAGGUAGUGCUUAAAAUCUUGGGAAAUCACUGUAAAUAUCUGAUUGAGAUCAAUUAUUUAUUUUCAUCUAAUUUCUGCUGUUUUUAUGGUGUUGUUUUCAUAGCUGGCAUCAUAAGCUUUUGGUAAUUGUUCUUACUCAGUGGUAAUGAACUUGUUACUAUAGGUUUUUUUAACAUUGUAUUUUCUUGGAGAAGCGCAUGUAUUUUUAAAAAAAAUAAAUGUGGCUCCUUGAGCAGA